AUGGCCGACUUGUCUGAUCCUACUAUCAACGAAGCCUACCUCGACGUACGUUCUGACAAGUCCGAGACCAACUGGCUACUGCUCGACUACGAGACCGACCGGUCCGACAAGCUUCAGGUCACAAAAACCGGAACAGGGGGCCUUACUGAGCUCCGCGAGGCUCUUGACGAAUCCAAGGCAUCGUUUGCAUACGCGCGUGUUUCCUACUCAAACGACAAGGAGUCAACGCGCGAGAAAUUCAUACUCGUGGUGUGGAUAGGGUCGAGCUGCAAAGUAAUGAGGAAAGCAAAGAUCUCCGUACACGCUGCCGAUGUCAAGAACAUCUUACGCGUGUACUCGAUUGAGGUUGCCGCUCGAGAGAAAGAUGAUUUGAAUGAGGAUCCCAUCGUUACAAGAUUACGAAAGGCUGGGGGGGCGAGUUAUGACGGCGUUUAACGAAUGACUGUAUACCACGACCUUGUAAGCUGCAUCAUCGGGUUUAAGACGUUUCCAUCCUGGAUCUUCAUCUCUCGCUCCCAUUCUAUGUCGAGGUGGAACAAAGACUAUUGUAAAUCAUCUACGUCUAGUUAUCCUGGCUUAUGACGCAUAUUCCGCCGUUGGCAGACGGGUCAAGCAAACGUUUUGAGAUUAGCGAUUCCUUCCUCCUCGAGCCUCAUGCCCAUCCACUCGGACAUGGACUUCGCCCCGAGUACCUUCUCAUAGAAUUCAAUGGACGGCUUGUUCCACUGCGA